AUGCACAUGGCAACUGUUGUUCUUUGUGGGAAGGUGCUGAGGAAAGGGGCUUUGCCAGUAGCACCUCACAUACGUUGCAUCACAGUUUGGCCACAGUGGCCUCAUGAUGAGGAGACACGCUCUGCAAAGCCUGUUGGCGAUUCCAAGUUCAGGUGGCCUCUCAAUGCACCCAAAGACCCUGAGCCUGGCGCUGUGAUGACUGAAGAUGAGGUGAGAGCAUUGAGGAAGAAGAUAUAUCACAAGAUUUGGCAGGACAUGGUUUGGCUUGACUGGUCUACAUGGGAACGCCGCUUUUGGGAACUGAAAGAGCGAGCAAUCCCAUAUGAUGAAACUGCGUACACCCUCCUGCUUCAUGGCUAUGUGCUUUCUCACCGACACCAAUCAGAGAAUGCUUUUCUCGUGCUGGAAGAGAUGAAGAAAGCAGAGACCCACCCAGCCUUGGUCCGCCUGAAUGAGCACAUGCUGAACUCCAUCUUUGAGCUGCAAGAGCUUGGGCUCCGUCCUGAGCGUGGGCUAUGGCAGAAUGUGGUACGACUUUGCUUUCACAGUUCUGUGCGCUUUCAACGCAAAAGGCAACUGCGACUAAAAAAGGAGUUGCAAGCCUUGGAGCCAGAUGAUGCAUUGGCAUUGGAUGCAGAAAACAUACGACAAUGGCUAAGUGGUCAUGAUCGAUUGGCAUUGCCGGAGAGUGGCCCAGAGCGUUUUCGGGCCAUACCAGGACCGGAGUUGCAACGCUUGCCUCCUUGGCAAGACACGAAGCGCUUGCCUGCACGUGGCAGAAAAUCUGGAAGGCGAAGGAGGAAAGAAGUGGAAGAGUCGUCGGAUGAUGAAUUGUAA